AUGACCAUCUGGAUGGUGCGUGUAUUCUCUGCUAGGCACCGUUUGUUGGAACACUACUCGAGACAUGCUUCGUUAGAGGUGCAGCAGACAGAAGAGCAGCGCCAAGCCUCUGUCUCGUGUGCACUAAGCAUGCUUGAGUGUGAUGCGAAGCUCUUGACCUCACCCGUUGUCAAGGGGUACUACUGGUUCGUUUACUUUCAUUUCCCAAUGCUUGCACACGUCCAUAUUCUUCGAUAUCUGAGAGAGCAGCCCGAAAGCGACCAAUCUCGAAUGGCUUGGAAAAUCCUGAGUGAAAAUUAUGAGGCCCACGUCAUGAAACCAAAAUCAGCGGACGCGAUCUUCGCUGUCUGUUCCCGCCUCGUCUUGCAGGCCUGGAAAGCACGUGAAGACUUAUCGAAACGACAAGGCGAGCCGACGGAGAUGCCGUGGAUUGUGUCGGAUAUCCAGGAUAAGGCGAGGCAGAUAUGGACAGGCUUUUCACCCCAGGGUACUGCAGAGCAGCUCAACGGUGUGGUUGGCUCCAGCCUGGAUCAAUCUUUGACAUCAAUGUCAUCGGAUUACACUUGCGAGGGCAUUAAUUUGCAAGGCUUUGCAAGCUCAGAACCCGGCGGCUACCAUGAUAUACUGACGCCAACUUUAUCGGGCUCAGAUGCGGGCCAGUUAUGGAAUCCGCUUGACUGGAUAUCAAUGGGAUUACAGGACCAGUGA